AUGCCUCUUAUUCGUUCUGCUAGCUUAAAUUUAUUUGUGGAAAUCAUUAUUCGUAUCGGCUUACUAUCUUUAUUCUGUUAUAUGGAGACAAUGCCCCCAUUUGUCAGAGUCAUACUGCCUUCAGAACUGGAAUCUGACUGCAAGUAUCCGAGAAGGGAGUCUUAUGUACCCGGUGGGGCCUUGUGGGCUAUAGUACUGUCUGUACCUUGCCUCUUGUCUUUACUUGCUUGGGGGGCUUGUAAUGACUGCAAUGAUGCAUUUGAGAUUCUACUCUCAUGGUCCCUCGCACUUGGCAUCAAUGGUGUCAUAACAGAUACAAUGAAGUUAAUAGUUGGGCGACCGCGUCCUGAUUUCUUCUACCGUUGUUUCCCCGACGGCGUGGAGACCGCCGAUCUUCAGUGCACGGGGGAUCCGAUGGACGUAAUGGAGGGACGCAAGUCUUUCCCCAGCGGGCACAGUAGUUUGUCGUUCUGCUCGUUGGGGCUGGCAGCGUUAUGGCUGUGCGGUCGCUUGCGCGCCGUGUCUAGAUGUCGAGGCAGCGCCGCCAGGGUUCUCGCUUGCCUGGUUCCUCUCAUGAUGGCGCUGUGCGUAGCUCUGUCGAGGAGUUGUGACUACCACCACCACUGGCAAGACAUACUCGUUGGCUCGACACUAGGUUUCACAGUGGCGGUGUUCUGCUAUCGCCAGUAUUACAACCCGCUCACGUCCGAACUCGCAGGCGUGCCCUAUAUUGUAUCCAAUUACAAUCUAGUCAAAUAUUCCAAUGGCAAACCCGACAUAAGUCCAAUAAAAGACAGUAAAAAUGCCGAAUCUACGCCAUUGCUAAAUGGCGGGAAAAAGGAGGACAAAUGGAUAUGA